AUGAUAGGAUUCGAUGACACUCACCGUUCACAGUCACUUGAAGAUAGGUCAACCGAGCAGUCCUCAAAUAAAGAAAUGGACGUAAAAACGAAACCCAUUUUCGCCAUUAAAAAUGUUGUUCCAUACAGCAAUAAUUUUGAGCAUUACCUGAAACCGUCGUUCUCCUCAACGGCAACCUCAAUGGCCUAUUUGGAGAAAUCUUCGAAGGGCCUAAAACGUAAAUCCAAGGCACAAAGUGUUAAAUCAUGGUUUAUGGAGAAUUUUCGAAACUUCUGCAACACCACAUCGCUGCAUGGUUUCAAUUAUAUAACACGCAUGGAUUUGUCCAAGAAUGAGAGAAUCUUUUGGCUCAUUAUUACCAUAAUUGCCAUAAUUGUAUCGAUAUCUCUGGUAAUUGUAUCCUACAUAUGGAAUAGUGAAACUCCCACGGUGACUGUUAUUGAAAGUUCCCAUUAUCCCACCUGGAAUAUACCCUUCCCGGCUGUGACUCUGUGUAAUUUUAAUAAAAUUUCCAAGACGAAGGCAGAAAAUAUGGCAAGUGCUUUAAAACGUCCAGCCAACACCACCGAAGCGGAUGUCAUAAAAAUGUUUAAUAUUGUCAUGUAUUACAGUUUCGCCUUUAAUGAAUCCGACACAAAUAUGACAUUUGCCAAGCAAGUUUUGACCAUGAACAAUAUGACAUUGAAUGAUUUGUCCCGCACCUUGACACCGAAUUGUAUGGAUAUGAUAUCACGUUGUAUUUGGAAGGGUACCAACACACGUUGCGAUGGCCUAUUUCAACGCAUCAAAUCAAUGGGUCUGGGAGAAUGUUGCACCUUUAAUUAUUUUGGAGAGCAAAAGCAUAAUUUUCCAGAAAAAAUUGCCUAUUUGGUACCCAAACGUCCAUAUCGUGUUACUGGUUGCGGUUACCCUACAGGUCUUUCGAUACUCAUCAAUCCCUUUGCCUUUGAUUAUUCCGCUUCGUCAUUCAGUAGUUAUGGAUUUCGUUUGCUAAUACACGACUCCUACACGGUUCCCGAUGAAAAUGCAGAGACGAAAAUAAUAUCCUCCGCCCGAGAAAGUUUUGUUCACAUUAAUCCCGAGUCCACCUAUGCCACAUAUGAUAUUAAUAAUUUACGCAUCAAAGAGAGGAAUUGUUUGUUUCCCUACGAACGGAGAUUGACGGUAAUGCAACGGUAUUCCUUUACGAACUGCAUGUGGGAGUGUCGGGUGAAUCUGAUAAUGAAAAAUUGUGGUUGUGUACCGCACUCGUUGGCGAAUAAUGGCAGCUAUCCGGUGUGCGAUGUUGGCGAUGUGAAAUGUGUUAUUAAAAAUCGAAUUGUCUUUACAAGGGCCUUGAACAACUAUAAUGACACCUUAUCAGCUGUGAAAAAUACCGAAACAUUUCCAUGUAACUGUUUGCCGGAUUGUCAAUCGAAUAAUUAUGUAUCGGAAAUUACCAUGGGAAGAUUAAAUGUUCGAUUGUUGUUUCAAAAUGAAGAUAUUGAGAGAGCCCCCGAUGACACCAACAAUAUUUUAUUGCAUAUUUUCUUUAGCGACUUGAUGUCCACCAGAUAUCGCAAAGAAAUCUAUCAAAAUUGGUUAUCGGCUUUGGCUUCAUUUGGUGGUCUCUUGGGCCUAAUAAUGGGUUUCAGCAUUGUCACGGCAUUUGAAUUUGUCUAUUUUUUGACAUUUCGUCCAAUAUUUAAUUAUUAUAACCAUUACCAUUAAAUGCAAUAAAAUUGAUCAAUAUCAAAAAUUAAA